AUGUCUACUGCUAUAGACAUAAAGAAAAAUGGUUACGACUGUGCAUGUAGUGAGACAAAGAUUACUGUUACCACAAAUGAGGGUAGAAGUGUUGAAGGAUAUACUACAUAUAAGUACAAGCACGAGUAUGGUAAGGGUGAAAUCCCCGUUAAGUAUGGAAACACUACUCUUAAAUGUAGAGAAUUUCAGGAUGAAGGGGGUGAUGGCUAUGAUGCAACAUUUUCACUCAGUGAAAAAACUCCAAAUCUCACAGUAUAUUACUGGGAAAAUGAUGAGAAUCGUAAGAAACCUCUAGUUCUGGAUGUGGAUGUUGAAGGUAUAUCACUUUAUUACAGUAAUGAUAGGAAUGUAAGUACCAACGACAACAGUAAGUGGACUAGGAUAGAGCCUGAAAUUCUUCCUGAUAAUGGUUUGCCAACACUUUCUCCGGAUGAACUUAAGGAAAAGCUUCAAGAGUUCACCUGCAAGCUUUUUAGCCCGGUAGUUAUAGAUGUUUCUAAGACUGGAGAAUCUUAUCCCAAUGAGUAUUGUGAAAAGGAAGGAUGUUGCAAGGAAGGUACUGAGAAUAUAAAGGUUGAUGAAUACCCUCUACAUGAUCCACCUGGAUUUACUGCUUGGAAGCACACCUAUAAGAAAGGAAAUAAUAAUACUUUUACCGUAACUGGUUUCACUAAUGGACCUUCUCCAGGUAGCAUUCCGAAAGCAUUUUUUCCAAUAUGGGAUGUUAAGGAAGUAGUCGUUUGUUUUUCCCAGUGUGAUCCCACUAAACCCUUCCUGGUCUAUGUUGAGAAUGAGGAUGAAGCUGCUAGAACGUGGUCCAGGAACCCUUGUCAGAGUGGUGAUAUUGAGUGGAAAGAAUAUAAAUCUAGUAAGUUAGAUCCAAAGCUUCCAAAUCCAGUUGCUGAUAUUCUUAAAAAUGCUCUGGAGACUGCUAAACAAUUACAAUCACGUUCUGAAACUAAAGAAUCUGAAAAGGGCAAGUCAAUACAUAGUGAGAAAGAGGAGCAGGAGACUAUAACUACAGCCGAAGUACGAUCACAACAGCAAACUACUUCUGCUGUAGCUCCAGAUGGAACUGGAGUAAGCCUGGAUAAAGAACUAUGGGAAGCUCUUGGUAAAGCUGCUGGUUCUGUACUAGGUGAAUCAGUUGCAGUUGGACUGGCUGGUGCUAUAGAUGUUGCUGCUUUGCUGGCUAAGGAGGCUCUUGAACAUAUACCUAAUAAUGUUCUUCCUGCUACUGCUGGACUGAUUGGCAGUGUUCUUAAAAUUACUACUCAUAAUAAUAAAGCUGUUCGAACACUUGAUCCUGAACAUCUUGGACAGAAUGGAGUUCAACGUGAGGAAGUCCCCGCAGCUGACUUAUCUGACCAAGUUCCUGACACAGAGUCUGAGACCAAGAUUCUCCUACAAGGUACUCCUGUGGCUCAAAUGGCUGAAAUUCCUCCGCUUCAUCCUUCUCCAUAUGAGGGACUCCCCAGACCUACGGGAUAUUUUCCACCACUUGCUCUAUCUCUUCAAGUUGAAGGAUAUCCUAUUACUGCUGCUUCUAUUGAUCCAUCGCCUCCUCUACCUGAAGGUUCUCAUGGUGCUGAUGUACCCAAAGAAUAUCUCGAACCUCCUCUAGAUCUUCUUGCUAGUGUUCAAGGAUCUCUUGUUGAAGGUCACCCUGCUCCAUUACAUCCUCGUGCUUCUGGCAUUCUAGGUUAUGUUGUUAAAGCUGAAGGAGACUCUAAGGGAGGUGGACCUCUUCUUCGUCGUCUUCCUUUUCUUACUGCCGCUCGGUCACAACAACCUGCUACUUUACAUAAGGAAUAUCUUGCUCCAACUCCUGUUCCCCUUCUUAAACGUCUUACUGAAUCACCUGCUUCUCCACUUAUCAAAGUUCCUACUCCUCUCUAUACUCUAUCAGGAGCCUAUGGAUCUCAACUACAAGCUGAUGAGAGACAUGACCAAGUUAAUGCUGUUCCUCAAGGAUCUGAUGCUAAUCUAACUGGUAUAGCAGGUGAAGUUAUGUCUAUAGUUCAUAAUCCUGAUGGUACCACUGCACUAGAUGUUAAACUUCCCGGAGAUGGUAGAGAGACUCUAACUUUUCGUAUGUUAUCUAUUUCCCACGGUACUGAUGACUUGGAAGGACGUCCUCAAGAUUCAAGUCUACCACUUGCUGAAGACAGUGAUGGUACUGGAGAUCCAGGAUCGGUACCUGAAGGAGCCGUUGAAGAAAAAGAAAAGAAAGAAGACUCAUCUCAAGGUGCUUCUGGUCCUGAACCUCCGCCACCUCUUCCUGUUGUUGGUAAAACUGAUUCUGGAGAGCAAGCUAAAGGAGGUCCUAUUGUAGGUUUACUUGGUAAAUUACUUGAAGGAGCACUUUCUGGAGCAGAUAAGGUCGUUACUGAUCCAAUAAUCUCACAAACCUUGAUAACACUUGGAGAAAAAGGACCGGCUUUCGCUGCUACACUUGGAUCUGUUGCCAUUGAUGCAGCUCUUAAACUAACUGAACCUCCUCAACAGCAACCUCCACCAGGUACUGAACCUGAAGCUGCUGCUCGUGAAGGUGGCCCUGGUGAAGACACUGCUUCUACUACUACUACUAAUACUAGAGAUACUAGUGAUAAUAAUGAUGGUGCUGAUCCUUCUACUUCUGAAGCUCUUACUUCUGAAGCUCAACAUGCUGCUCUAUUCUCAGUCUCUGCUCAAGGCUAUAACUCCAGGUCAAAAGCCCGACCCUUUUGGCUGGAUUAUCCCUACUGUCUCUUCUGUUCUUGGUACAUCUGCCUUGGCUUGUUUUGCGGGAUUGAAACUCUAUAA